AUGAAUCGUUUAGCUAUUCUACUGACCCUUGUCAAUAUUAUCUCGGCCUCGGACGUGACAGUCACGUACAACCGAACUUACGAUGAAGGGUCAACACCGAUCCGCAAUCUCGCGUGCUAUAAAGAAGGUGUUGGAAUGGUCCCGCAGUAUAUUAAUCCCGAGGGAGAGACAAUGUCGAGCUUUGCACCGCGGAUUAUGGGUACAAAACACGUUACCGGACCAGACUCAUUGUUGUGCGGAUCGUGUAUAAUGCUCGAGUAUGGAAAGGAAGCCCGACCUUUUCUUGUAGUCACGGGCGCUGAAUCGGGUAUACACUUGUCGCUGGAAGGUAUGAACGCUCUCACGGGUGGCAAGGCUGAGGCCCUUGGUAGUAUCGAAGUAACUGCCAGGCGUGUAGCCUUGCUGAACUGUGGUCUUGUCAGUUCCAUGGGAAGUGCUGGCGAUCUCUGA